UUCUUUCUCCCAUCCAUCCAAGCAUAACCUUAGAUCAGGGAGAAAAGGGGGUUAAUCUAAUGGAUUUCGGUCGGAAGAAUGCUGUCUAGGAACUCGAAAUCAUUGCCUUUUCUUCCCUCCCUCAAGGCCACCAGUCAGUUCGCCACCGCCAUUAUUCCCAAUGCCUCGGGUGAUUUGGUCUUGAAGAAACUUUGUGCCAGCGGCCUGCUGAAUCAGGCGCUGCUCCAGAUGGCCAUCCAUGGCCAUGGCAUCAACUUCCACGGUUAUGACUCUGUACUGACGGAAUCCAUCACGCAGAAAUCCAUAACAGCCGGAAAGAGGGUCCACGCCCACAUGAUCAAAACCCAUUAUUUACCUCCCGUUUACCUCCGAACCAGGCUCAUAGUGAUGUACGUAAAAUCAGAUCACUUGGAGGAUGCACGUAAAGUGUUUGAGCGAAUGCUUGAAAGAAACGUUGUCACUUGGACUGCACUGAUGACUGGUUAUGCACAAAAGGAUUGUGGAGUAGAUGCUUUAGUACUCUUUGUUCGUAUGCUCGAGAGUGGGGUCAGCCCGAACGAGUUCACUCUUGCUACAGUCCUCACAGGAUGCACGGGGCCUUGUGGCUUCGAUCAUGGUCGGCAGAUUCAUGCCAUCGCGGUGAAAACCUUAUUACAGUUUCAUAUUUUUGUUGGUAGCUCUCUUCUUGAUAUGUACGCAAAGGCUGGCCAGAUUGAUGAUGCACGAAUGGUUUUUGAGGAAAUGCCUGAGAGAGAUGUUGUAUCUUGCACUGCAAUAAUUGCUGGGUAUUCGCAGUUGGGUCUUGAUAAUGAGGCUCUAGAGUUGUUCCGCCAGCUGUUGAGGGCUGGAAUGCAGCCAAAUUAUGUAACUCAUGCUAGUCUCUUGAAUGCUUUGGCCGGGCUUGCUGCUUUAGAGUAUGGCAAGCAGGUGCAUGGUCGAGCUAUAAGGUCACGGAUGGAUACCUUUGUUGUUCUGAAAAAUUCUCUGAUUGAUAUGUAUGCCAAAUCUGGAUGUGUCAGGUACGCACGGCAAGUUUUUGAUAGAAUGACAGAGAGAACAGUGAUUAGUUGGAACGCGAUGCUCGUUGGAUAUAGUAAACAUGGUCUGGGGAAUGAAGUUGUGAAACUGUUUGAAUUGAUGCAAAAUCAAAAUGUUAGGCCUGAUGGUGUUACAUACCUUGCUGUUCUUUCUGGUUGUAGUCACGGUGGAAUGGUAGAAGAAGGGUUGCAAUAUUUUGAUUUUAUGGUUCAUAGUAAAGUGAUCGAACCUGAAACUGAGCAUUAUGGUUGUGUUGUUGAUCUCUUGGGUCGUUCUGGUCAGGUGGAUAAAGCUGUAAACUUCAUCCUGCAGAUGCCUUUUGAACCAACUCCUGCUAUAUGGGGAUCUUUGCUUGGCGCUUGUCGAGUUCAUGCAAAUGUUGUUGUUGGUGAAUAUGUAGCGAAAAAGUUGUUUGAGAUAGAACCUCAAAAUGCCGGGAACUAUGUGAUUAUGUCAAACAUUUAUGCAGCAGCAGGGCAGUGGAAAGAUGUAACCAAUGUCAGGUAUAUGAUGAAGGAAAAGGCUGUAAUGAAAGAACCAGGCAGAAGCUGGGUAAAGUUGAAUAGAGUAGUUCAUACUUUUCAUGUUGGUGACAAGUUCCAUCCCCAAAGAGAGGAAAUCUAUGAUAUGUUGGGGAAAAUGACUGCAAAAAUUAAGGAAGCUGGUUAUGUCCCUGAUCUGAGCUGUGUACUACAUGAUGUUGACCAUGAACAAAAGGAGCAGAUUCUUCUUGGCCAUAGUGAAAAAUUGGCAAUUGCAUUUUGCCUGAUUAACUCUGCUCCUGGAUCUCCUAUUCAAAUUGUUAAGAAUCUUCGCAUCUGUGUUGAUUGUCACAAUGCAGCAAAGCAAGUUUCCAGGGUUUAUGAGAGAGAAAUAUUGCUGCGGGAUAACAAUCGCUUCCAUCGAAUGGUGAAUGGUGUGUGUUCUUGUGGAGAUUACUGGUGAUUAGCCACACCAGUCUACUUUUAUUCUAAGCAUGGCGUGCUUUCAGGUUUUGUGGUCAGUUUUCUUUUGGUACACUUAACACUAAGGCCCAGACUAAUUUGUAGUCUGGAAGAUAUGCUUAACCAGAUUAAUUUGCACUUUGGACUGAGCAAUUUAUUUGAGUGUCAUUCAGAUCCGUGGGUGCCAAGGCAUUGUGACUGAGCAAAGAAAAUUGUGGCUUAGGGGCAGAAAAAAUCAGUAGCAGUUACAUUUCGGGUGAAAAGAAGAAAGCACCUUUGAUUUCACAAAACCACCAGGAAGAAUCGGUUCGUUCUGUAAGGCAUGGGAUUCGAAUAUGAGUUCCUAGAUAGCCAAUAUGCAAUACAACCUCUUUUAACCAGAGUCUGAUUAUGAUGACAAUUUCGGGGGUCUAAAAUCUUCUUGAUGAUUAUCGAAGGAUGAUCUAUGGUUUGGGAAGAAAGAAGAGAAAAAUCUUACUUAAAUGCUGACACAGCCACAUGUGAACAAAAGUACAGCAACAGCUGAUAUUGACAAAUCACUAGCAAAAUCCUUUAAUGGGAAUAUAUUGAUUAAGGUUUUGCAUGAUCAAACAUAUGAUGCAUUUGUCAUCAGUAUCAUGGAGAUUAAUGUUUGGAAGUUGAAAAUAAACAUGCUACUGGGGCAAAUAUACCAUCAACAAUGUGUUUAAAGUUGUCUAUCUCUUGCACUGUAACUUAAUUUUUGGAUAAUUAAGUUAUGGAUCAUGACCGUGCAUGUUAGCAGCAAACCUUCAGGUGUUUCAACUCAAGUUCAGAAGCAUUGAAUAAAGCAAUGGACGGUUUGCUGUCUGUAUGAUUAUUGUUAGCUCCUCAAACUGAACUUUUGCUUUGAUAGUUGCAGUGAAUAAUUGUAUUUUGCUUGGCUGCACAACAGAUUAGCUUGUACAGGUGGGCCUUGAUUAAAUUCCCACUGCCAGUGUUGGACGCCUGACCAUGGAUUAUUUCAUGUACAGUUGGUAACUCAUUUUUGUUAUCGUGACGAACAAGGGUCCAAGCAUUUUUAGAUCUGUUAAAUCUUUCAUGCGUCUAAGGAUGCUGGUUGCCAAAUGCCUGACUGCAGUGGUGAAAGGCCAAGAAAAAUACAAGGUAAAUGGUGCUGCUAGGUUUCCCUGAUGGGGUUUGGCAUUGUGGGCAGGCCAUGGCUGCUUGGCAGGCAGUUAGAGGUUCGAACUGCAUGGGCACCCAUCCUUCAAAUAAGCCAAAGCAGGUUUUAUCUUAAGGGCAGGGGGAAGAGUCCAGGGGGUUUCACUCACUAGGCAGGCAACAACGUCUCUUGACCCAAUUUGCGGUUUCUGCACAAAACAGGGAAAAGAGGAAAACUGGCAUUGCUAUGUAUAAUUAUGGCUUUUUGAAUUGCUGUCGGCCAAUUAUGAUCUGGUUAGCUCUUACAGAAGUCUGAAAAUUUAGGGUUUAUCAGCAUCGUUGCUUAAGAUAUGCGACAAAGCUGAGACGGUUGGUUCUGACGCAGUAUAGUUAGAGUUGGAUUGGAUCCUGUAUUAGGAUCCGUUUAAACUUUGGAUUAGACUUAUUUGGUUAUUGAUGUAUUUCUGGGUUUGGAUCUUUUAAUUUUUGGACCCAAGAUCCAAUUAACUCUAGUCACUGCGUCUGGUUGCUUGAGCCUGUGAGCGUGGAGCCUUUUGUCAGCUCAUCUUGCUAGAUAAUGGAAUACUUGAGCUAAAGCAGCAUUUGUCACCUUUCAUUCACUCCAGUUUGGCUGAAAGUUUCAGCAGUUCAGGGCAGAAACAUAAUUUCCUGAGUUAUUGAGUUUGUUGAUCUGCUCUCAGAUGAACGCCAUGGGGUUCCUUCUUUUAAGGCUAGGACUUCACGCACUGUUUCUGGUGGAUUUGAGGACUUUGAAUUCUUAAUGGCUUGUGCAUUCCAUGAUUAAAUUACGGAUUUGAAGGAAUCCGACCAUGUGCUACUUCAGAGUUCAACCCCUGCUAAUCCGAAUGCUGAUCAGGUAUUGCAUAAAAAAAUUGCAGUUCACUUUUGCAUUUGUGACUUGAAAAAAAAAAAAAAAAAAAAAAAAAAAUCUUAAAGUCACCGUAGUUUCAGUGUUAGAUUCUGCAGCAUGGGCAGUUUGAAAAAGGUCAGUGCGCCCAUGUGAGGAUGACUUGUUUGGUAC